UUCCUCUAACCUGCAGACAGUCCCUAAGCUAGAUGCGACAUGCAGCUGUGGCGGUAGCUUCCACGUCGUUUGUCGUAAAUUUUAAUUUGCAUCUGUCUCUGAACACAGUCGCAAUCCUGAUCGUGGAUCUCAUUAGAGUUCCACCUUGCGCAGCGUGGCUGGGUCCCAUGUGAGGCCAGGUGUUUGUUCCUUGCUUGGGACACCUGUAACUUACAGUGCAACAAGUGUGUCUGGGGUAUACGCGAGGUACCGAGAAGAUUGGUAAAGGUGCUUUAUGCUUCGUCGAGCCAUCUUUUGUUUCCUCAAGGCAAUCAGGACGGACACACGCUGCUCAAACUGGAGACAUGUUAACUAAGGUCCUCCCUUUGACGUUCCUGCUCUGGGGAAGCCAAGCGCUGGCUCAAAGGAAGAAGUCAUGCGAAGCCAUGCCAGCGAGCAACAGUGUCAGUUUCGAAAAGCUGAGUGAAGCUCCAUGGUACGAAUCGUGGACGUAUCCUGAAGGAGACGGACGUUGCGUAAUUCGAUCCUACGACCUCAAGAAACAAACGAUGCUGCGGAAAGAGAAACACAAAAUAUUUGGCUUUACUUCCAAGAGAGAAACUCUGCCCUUCAUUAUUCAAGACAACGUACAGUACUUAAGCCGUGAUGGUUCGAUGUACCAACAGGUUUUAGCGACUGACAACUCCACAUGGGCUUUCAUACAUGUCUGCUGGGAAGGAGAUGGGGUGCGCAAUUUGAUCCUGCUGACCCGUGACCGGUGGUCAAGAAUCCCGCCGUUUGUAGACCAGCAAAUUCUAAACGUAUUACAAGAAGCUCAGAUGGGACCCCUUGUGCUGAGUGCCACACGUUGCGCAUAAGUUAUUUGACGUCUUGAUAAAGGAGCAUGGAAGGGACCGAAAUAAAAUGUGCAAGGAGAAACACAAAUCGGGGUUACAAGCCACAGGGUACAUAUUCGCGGAAAAAGUACGAGUGCGGCGAGCGGUCCUGGUGCGCGCAAGAGGGCUUUCAAUCUCGGGGAUCUGUGACGUCACGUCAACCGACCAAUAAUGAGGCGCGCGCCUUCUUUUCUCUCCUAUCUUUUUUGCAGUAUUUGCUCGUCCCGCGUCCGACACAAUCAAAGCAGCCGACUGAUCGCCUUGCUAGGCAGUAGCAGAGCAGUAGCAGACAACUGUAGCAGACGAUUAUCGGUAGCCAAUAAAAGUGAUCGGAUGAUCUGACGUCACACGGCACUGCAAGGACCUGAGACAGGUCGCCGCCGCUGCGCGCACCCUUGUUAACUUUCUCAGGAAAUGCGCGCUUGCCUAUGGAAAUGCUUUGCGUGACAGCUUCCGAAAAUAGUAUGUUUUUCAUGGAAUAAAAAAGAAGUACAUAUUCGAAGUGCCUUCCUUGCUCCUUUAAAGUGGAUGUAACCUUGCGAGAAUAGCUAAGCUUGUAGCAAACCAUAAAACGGAACGAAUAUUUCACGACGAAUUGUUUCUUCGAAAAACAGAAGAUUUAUUCGUGUUUGUUACAUUCAAGGUGGCAACUGUAAAUUAAUUAUUUUGCUACGAACACUCUUUGAGCUGUUUAAAUGUUGCAGCAUAUACAACAUUCUUGUUUAUAUAUAAUACAUCACGGCCACGAUGAUAGAGAGAAAAUAAAGACAGUAGUGUGAUUUGAAUCAAAGCAAAUAAAGGAGGUGUCAUCGGU